AGUCGAGCGCGAGAAUGGUAAAAUAUUGACAAUAUUUAGAGAGCAAAACGCCGGAUAAUCGCCUACAGCAAAGACAAAUUCACGAUCUAAUGAUUUAUUGCUACAGUGUCAUGGUAGGAUUUGGUACUGGAAGCGACUUUCGCAGUUGCAUUGGCAGCUGUCUGUGUCGUGACUGCAGGAGGAAGACGAAUUAUGAAGAUGUCAAUCGCUGGUGAAAUAUAAUAUUGCUGUCUUACAUGAUUUCAAUAUACGUGUGCGCGUGUAACUCUAAAUAACUGUUUGUAUUUAAACAGUGGCGCCAUUGAUUUAAUUUGCUGAAGACCACAGGCUGCCUGGACGAGCAAAAACACAGCGGCGAGCCAACGGAGCCUCCGUCUCGAAGCUGCCACGGAACCAGAGCCUGGAACGGGAGAACGGGAGCCGGAAGGCACGCAGACCGCAAUGGGGAACAUUUUCGGGAACCUGCUGAAAAGCCUGAUUGGGAAGAAGGAGAUGCGCAUUCUGAUGGUGGGGCUGGACGCAGCUGGGAAAACCACCAUCCUGUACAAGCUCAAGCUGGGAGAGAUCGUCACCACCAUACCCACUAUAGGUUUCAACGUGGAAACGGUGGAGUACAAGAACAUCAGCUUCACGGUGUGGGACGUGGGCGGCCAGGACAAGAUCCGGCCUCUCUGGAGACACUACUUCCAGAACACCCAAGGACUGAUCUUCGUGGUGGACAGCAACGACCGGGAGAGAGUGAACGAGGCGCGGGAGGAGCUGAUGAGGAUGCUGGCGGAGGAUGAGCUACGUGACGCUGUCCUGCUGCUCUUUGCCAACAAACAGGAUCUGCCCAAUGCCAUGAAUGCGGCUGAGAUCACAGACAAACUGGGCCUGCACUCCCUGCGGCACCGCAACUGGUAUAUCCAGGCCACCUGCGCCACCAGCGGCGACGGCCUGUACGAGGGUCUGGACUGGCUGGCCAACCAGCUCAAGAACAAGAAGUGAGCCUGGCCUGGCGCACAAGGGGCGUGUCACAGAGUUUUCGUUGUUGUUGUUGUUGUUGCUGUUCUUUUGUCGGGUGGGUGAGUGUUGGCUGGAUUUUAGGCACAUGUGCUCACACACAGGUCAGGCAAUCAGCUGCUGCACGCUGAUUUGGCUGAAUGUCUCGCUGAUGAAAGUGGGAAAACUGCGAGUCAGGCAACUCUCACUCGUUUGUGUAUAUAUUCUGCAGAAUGUCAGAUUGAGGUUAUAUGGGAGCAGGGGAGGGGGUGUCACUAAAGAUUUUGGGCCCCAUGAAAGCAUAUCAUGCUGGGCCCAGGGAACCGGCACCAGUCCAGUUUUCCACCAAAUUAUUUAAGGCUCCUGUUACUCAAGGGUCCAUGAAAUCUUCUAACCCCCCCCCCCCCAAGGUGCCGCUUAUGGGAGCUCCUCUGUAUUGAUCGUCCUCCUAAGAUUGUGCAUUUAGGGAUGGGGGCUGUGUGAUGGUAUGACCCAUUUCAAGGUCUCCCUUCUGGAAUGGGACGCCAUGCCUGCGCUUUGUGAGUUUUGUGACUUUUGAGUCUCUGUAAGGCCCCGUAAACUGUGAAUGAGUUUCCGUGUCGAUUUGACGAAUGGUCCUCCUUCUCAGUCACGGGCAACAGCUGAGAAAAUUGUGUAACUUAAGCUCCAUCUGUUUUCCUGGUUCGGUUUUGUUAAAUGCUGGCGUGUAACUAAUCUGUCUAAUUAGAUUCAAAACUUUAAGUCAAUUCAGUCGUUCUUUCAUUCAGCGUUUUUUUUCUUUUUCUUUUUUUGUCGUAAUAGCUACGGAUCCAGCAGAAGCUGCUGUUUGUUCAGUACAGUUUAUUACAAGCUGUGACUGUCAUGGUGCAUUUGUUUGGUUUUGCUGUUUAUUUUUAAUUAACACUACGGUGUUUAAAAUGAGCUGCUGUUGAAGGGAGACAAUAGCAGCCAAACAGACAUAGUUAUACACGCAUGAUAGCUGGCAUGCUGCAAUUCCGACUGAACAAACCCUGAAUUUUCUACUCCAGUUCAUUUUCUGUUCCCUUUUAAGCCGUUCUAGCUGUCAGUAACAUCAGCUUCCUGCGAAGUCACUUGGACAUGGGAACAGUGUUUCACUGUCGUCGCUUUACUUGUGCUGCACUUACUUCGCGUUUGAGGUUGGCAAAGUACCGGAAUGGAGCCCUAGCGCUUCACUCAGAGGCUGUGCAUCCAUCCACGCCGCCGCAAUACCCUCUGCUGCGUGCGAAACGUAGCGUUGCCAGGCUUCGCGUGGCCAGGAGAGCUGGGAAUGAGCUCACACAGUCGAUUCAUCUGCUUCGUGCAGGAGACACACAGGAGGACGGCAGGCUGUACGCGGCGCACUUCCACAUGUGCUGCAAGCGUACUUCAGCGGGAGACCAAGAAACAUGAUUUAACAUCCAUCUCGACUGGCAUUAUUUCUGUAAAUAUUUCAACCAUUUCUGCAUAGUGAUGCGUGCAUUGUGAGCGACACGCCAGAAACUAAACAGUCAGCCUGCACAUGCCCAGGUUGAACGUGUAGUAAUCUGCCGUACAGUGGUUUUACUUUCCUGAUGUUUAGUGGACUUUAAGCCAGAUUGAUUUGGAUAAUGUUCGUUCUUCGUGUGAAUGGAGCUUUCUGUUAUUCGUAACAGGCCUCUGGGUCACUGCUGUUUGUUUAGCUUGUCUAACAGUCCUCCGCACGCUGCAUUUUAAUGAUCACGCUCAGCACCGUGCGUGGGAGUACUGCGUCUGCACUCCUCUGCUAUGUGGGCCACCUUCUGACGGUGCCUGCAGACACUCAUGGAAAAAAUCCACAAUAAAGUGUCCCUUUUAAGUCACUUUUUUAAACGCUAAGAGGAAUUAUGUAUAUUUUACUCAGAGUGGUCUGAAAAUUUCGAUGGCGUAAAAUUCCACAUUCUUGUGUAAUGUCUUAUUUAGCUUGUAAUAAUUGCCUGUGUAUUUAUUGCCCAAAAUAUUGCUAUUUAAUAUAAAAAUGUGUUUUCAUUUUAUUUUCGGAAAGUUUCUGAUGUUCAAUCCAUCGGCUUCUCUUGAAAAUGUGACUUUUUGGUGUAAGUUUACUGUUCAAUUUUAAUAGCUAUACCAACGGAAAAUAUUUUUUUAGCAAUGAAAAAAUUGUUUAUCAAGUCACCAUGUGAUCCAUUUUUGCAGUCAUUACAUCGCGUACUGCUUUAUAGGGAGAAUAAAUCUCGCCUUUUUCUGUUUGAAUGGCCCUGUUGCAACAUUUUGAAGAUGAUCACCUCAACUAUUUAUUUACAUAUCCAGCUGAAUAAGGUCAGCAGAGUGAAACUGAUUCACAUGUCGCAGAUAAUUCACUAGAAUUCAGCAUUAAUAAAAAAAAAAACCGCGCCAUUAUAAUCCAUCUGCUUGUCUGUCCAUCCAUCCGUUUGUCUUUCCAUCCGUCCUCCAGUGCCAGACAGACAUCUUAGCAAAUGCUUCACUACUUCACUAAACAGUUUCUUCAGUUAAUUGUUUUCAUGAAAAUGCAGGUACUGAGCCAAAGAGGUCAUUAAGCCCAAAAAAAAUCUUGGGGGAGGGGGGUAGAAUAUUUUUUUGUUCAUUAACAAAAAUGAUGCUGUGAUCUCAAACUUUUGUGCAGCAUGGAUUGUCCUAAAGGCGCUAUCAUCAUGUCCUGCAUAGAAGCUGACCAUUUCCUCAUCACGGUCUUAUGUGGCUUUUUAAACACUUAUUAAUGUAAUAACAUUAUUUUUUAAAUUGUCUGUUGGGCAGUCUGCCUUCAUUAAAUAGAGUGACUCUC